AGCCAAUUACAAGUCGCAAAACUGAACUGAUCAUUUAAUCCCUUCAACAAUAGCUAUUCUUCUAUACCUUACCAUGAAAUGCUAAUGCUUAAAAUUACAUAUCGUUUGUUCUUUAUGGGUGGUUCAAAAUUUACACAUCGCCAUGCCGCCCGCUAUGGAGGCAACGGCAAGUAAUCAUUCUUCAACAAGAAGAUGCUUCUUUUUAGUGUACGAUCAUCAGCGUAUUCUGCUGGCUCGAGACGCGUACAUAGCGGCAGCGGUUAUCAACUGCAUCACGAUGUUUCCCGCCAUUAUCUUGAACGUGCUCCUGAUGCGAGCCAUGUCUAGUUCGCCUGUUCUUCGGAAGCCGUCGACUCUGCUCCUUUACAGCCUGUCAGCGUCGGAUCUGCUUCUUGGCUUGAUCGUACAACCUGGAUAUAUCGCCAAAAAAGUGGGAGAACUAACGGACAACUUCGAUCUUUAUUGCAGAAAUGCUGUUAUAAUCUAUAACAUUGGAAGUGUUUUAACGGGUGUCUUAUUUCUAACAAUAACAGCUAUCUCAAUCGAUCGAUAUUUACUCGUGACGUCGGGUAUCGAAUACCCAAUGAAGGUUACAGGACGACGAGUGCUCUGUGUAAUUGUGAUCAUGUGGUUAUUCAUGGUGAUGGUGACUUCAUCCCAGUAUUUCAUCAGUCGAUCCGUUUGUUUUCUUCUAACGGCGAUUACAAUUGGCUCUUGUGUUGCUAUGACGACAGCAUGCUACACAAAAGCCUUAUACACAAUAAGACAGCAGAAGGCAGCGAUUAAGUCGGCCAGCGGUCCCACCUCUCAGGUUCAAGCGAACACGGCACGUUACCGGAAGUACACUCACACCAUGAUUUGGAUGUUUGUCAUCUUCUUGUUUUGUUAUACGCCAUUCAUGCUGACGUCAGCAGUUGCUUCAUUUGGGACAGAGACUGCAAGCAUCUGGUCAGCGGAGGCACUCUGUGGCGUGAUAGCUUAUUGUAAUUCUUGUUUUAACCCCGCCAUAAUGUUCUGGCGCGUUGGAGAGUUACAAAAUGCGGGACGUAAUAUUCUAAAGGCCAGAUCACGGUCGCAGUCCAUUUCGGUGACGACAACAACUAAGAUCUAACUCUACAUGAAGGCCGCAAAAAAGAUAAUUUUGGGAUUAUUGGCCCGCAUUCUUAUGAAAGCAUAAGGAGAACGUACUUUUGACGACGAAAAGCUUUACGGCUCUAUUAAUCGUAUGUUACACAUUUGCGUCUGAGAAGAAGCCACGCAACUCGAAAAACAAUAUUUGGGAUAUUAUGUUAAUUUUAGUUUCGUGGAUUUGCUGUUGUAAAAGAGCAAAAUAGUUUUAUCUGAGGUACACGUACUCAAGCGGAGUGGAAACACAUAAAAAAAUAUUGUGAAAUCAUUUUUUUUUUCUAGACAGAGCAAAUUUUUAAAUUUAAAGAAUACCCUCAUCAAAGACGGAUCGCUAGUUCUCCAAGCCAAUAACCAGGACAAUGCUAUUAGAAAACAAUACCCUUUUAAACUCUCUCUCUUUAUUCAUAGAGUAUAUCUAUUCACACCAAGAUAAAACAUGUCUAUCAGAUUGUAGAUUUCAAAAGUAGAUGAUACUUCAAAUCCUACUAAGUGUGGAUGCUGUUCGCGAUCCAUCCGGGUACUAAGUAGGGAUAGGAUAGAUGAUUUUGUUCGUAUCUUUUCCGGUUUCGUUUCUCAAUCGUCUUCAGGAUCCAGCCGUUUAGGUCAGCACUGUGCUUUGUAACCACGCUACGUGCUCUGGCAUCAUUAAGCUCCUUGCCGUAGUCAAACAGCGUGUCGUAGAACAUGGAAGCGAGGUUCAUCCCCAGAGCUGACUGGACCUGGCGGUAAUGAUAGUGUACAGGUUAGGCACGGCCAAAGGCGGAACCAGUAUAUACACCUCUUCCAAAAUGUAUUCAAAUGUCGUGCAGAAUGAAAUUAUCAAUGAUCUUUUUCAAGAAAG